AUGGAGUGUACACAAAGAUUGGAGUGCACCCAAGAAUUAUACGACACACAUACUGAGAGAGUAUGUCCAGAACAGAUUGGCUUUUUAGGAAUAUGUGGAGCGAAACACCCGGUGCUCAUGGGACCAAACAAAAUUGGAAGAGACCCACAUACAUGCAGUAUUGUCUUAAACUUAAAUUCUGUAUCCAGGCAACAUGCUGUGAUAAAUGUGUUAAAUAGCAAAGAGUAUAUGCUAAUGGAUUUAGAUUCAGCCAACAAGACAAAGUUGUUGAAUAAAACUUUACAACCAUACAUACCUCACCCCAUGAAAGAUGGAGAUACAGUACAAUUUGGUGACAUAUUUGGUAUAUUUAGACUGUUAGAAGAAAAUGACGAAUUACCCAUGACACAAGCUAUAGAUAUUCCUGAGACACCGGCGCCAAACCGAUAUGUGUCGAAACUAAAUAAAGUACCCACAACAGUUAUUCCCGAGUCUCCUGAUGUCAGUGACAGGGACGAUUCCUUCAUCAGUACUCAUUCCGAGAGAACGAGGCUCUCCAGUGGGCAAUUUAUAAAAUCCUUUGGGAAAACAUUGUCAAUUCAUCCCAUCAGCUCACCUAAGACAGAUACUAAUCUUAUUUCAUCCAAACGAUCGAAUUCUAACCACAUGACUAGCUUCAACGAAUCACUUAAAUUUGUAAAAGAUGACCAAAUUAUUGAUAAUAUACAUGAAAUGAAUACACAAAUACCUUAUCCAGUCUUAAAUCCUACUGUCAAUGAAAUUACUGAGUCAAUAUAUACAGCAGAUACUCAAAUUCCCCAAGGACAAUGUAUUUCGCCAUCUAUACACAAUUUAAAUACUCAACUACCCACUACAGAACAUUUACCUCAAGUUCGAAAAAUUAAUGGACAACAAGAAAUGCAAUUUGAUAUCUGUGCAGCUAAUAAAGAAAACGAUAUAAGUAUAUAUAACGCUGAAACACAACCAUUUGUUAGUGAUGAAAUAAUCGAAAAUAAAAGUAAUUUAACAGAAAAUAAGGUAUCAGAUGUAACUCCUAAGCCUGUAAAUGAUUUAAAUAAGUCGGAAGAAGAGUUGCUAUUCGACGAAAUUGACGAUGGAUGCUUAGAGGAUUUCAAUUCCCAGCCUUUACUACCACAAGAGUCACCAAAAUCUGAAUUAAUUUUUUUUAAAGCAACGAAUGUCGAUAAAAAUGAAUCUGACAAUUCAACAGAUUGUGAAGAUAUUGUCCCAACGCAAAAAUUUGAUGAAAUAGGUAAAAUAUGUAAUCAAGUAAAGGAUGAAGAAAAAGUUAAAUCUACAGCCUCUAAAAGAAGACACAGAAUUAAAUCGAAUGAUUCAACAGAUUGUGAAGAUAUCGAUAUCAUUCCAAGGCAAAAAGUCGAAGAAUUGGUUAAAAAAAAUAAUUCUGAAAAGAAUGAACAAGAAACGAAUACACUGUCUACAGCUUCAAAUAGAAUCAAGUCCAAUGUUACAAAAGUUUGUGAAGAUAUUGAUUUAGUACCUACUCAAAUAGUUGAAGAAAUAAAUGCCAAUGAAAUACUACCUUCGGCGUCAAAAAGAAUUAAUAGAAUUAAAUCCGAUAGUUCAACAGAUUGUGAGGAUAUCGAAAUUAUGGCAACACAAAAAAUUCAGACACUACCAAAUGCUAAUAAAAAAUCUUCAAAUACCGCUAAAAGAGUUAAUAGGAUACAGUCCGAUAGUUCGACAGACUGCGAAGACGUCGCUUUGAUGCCUACGCAAAAGGUACUAGAAAAAGAAAGCACCGAUGACAAAGAUAUAACUCAUUGUAAAGAUGAUUUGAAUAAAAUGGAUUUAAAAGGACCCAAGGACUUUCCCGAUACAAAAUUCGAGGAUAUGCCUACCCAAGUAAUAGAUCUAGACCCGGAUAAAUUAGAACCAGCUUUUGAAGAAAUGGAAACACAAAUCAUAGGAGUCGACGAAACUGCCUACAAAAAGUCUACUAUUAAUGAUAGUUUUGAAGAUCAACCAACUCAAAUUAUUGAUGAAAUUGUACCAAAUAAUGUUGAGAAUGCUAGAAACCCGCCUAAUGAAAUAAACAGUCCGUUUAAAAUACCUUUGCAGUCUCCACUAAGAGUAAAAAGUAGGGAUAUUCCUAAAUUAUUGCCGAAACAUCAAAAUUCCAUUAGAAAAUGUGAUAUUGAUAAUAUUAAUUAUUAUAAUGCUACUCAGGACAUUUUAGAUGAUUUAUGUACCCAAAGAGAUGGGUCUCCAAUCUUAAACAUAGCAACUGAAAAAUCAAAAACUACAAAGAGUUCUCCCAUUAUUAUCGACGAUGAAAUUGUACCGUGUUCGGUGGAAGAUUAUAAGGUUGGCGAUAAGUUUGCAAACAUUGAAAUAACGUUAAGUCCUACUAAAUCUUGCGCAGAACAAAAUGCAAUGAAGUUUUCUGCAAGUUUAUCUAGUCUAGAAGUACGCAAUGUAAUUGGCGUUGAACCGCCGGUUGCCGAACUAAAAAAGAAAACUACAAGUGAAUCCUCUUCGGAUUUUGAAUGUACCCCUAAAAAAGUUCGACCGUUCUUAUUCACGGAUAGUGACCUACCAAAUAGUCAAGAAAUACAAAAUAAUAUCUUCUUAAAACAAAAUAAGCCAUAUGCAACAGAAUCUUCGAGUGAAUCGGAACCCGAAGUUAAUACUGAAGACCAGUUCACUCCAUUCGUACACAGGAAGAAAAAACCGAGAACUGUAGCAAAAAUAGACCUUACUAAAAGGUUUGAUGUUGAAAAGUUGCCUGAACGCGUCAUAACAAGAGUCCGAAAACCUACAUCUAAAGUUCAAGAAAGUUUACUAGGUACAAAAAAAUUAACCGCUAACAUAUUAAAACCCAAGUUCAUUACUGAACAAGAAGAUCAAAUCGAUGAAGACAUCAUUAAAGAAAACGUAAAACGACUUAAAACGUAUGGAAAAGGAAAACUAAUUAAAGAAAAUACUAGUAACGUUAUAAAUGACGACAACAAAAGUGAAACUAAAGUUGAAAAUAAUGAUACUAAAAAGAAAUCCAAAGAUGUAAAAAAUGUAAGUACAACAGAAAAUAAUAAAUCCAAAGACAAAAUAAAGGUUAAAAUUGAAAAACCGAAGAAAAAAGAUGUUGAAAAAGAUAAAAAAGCAAAAAGUAAAGAAGUAUCUUCUCGAAAAGAACAGGAUGAAACAAAUAAACUAAAAAGUAAGGACAAGUCACAAGACCAAAAAGGCAGAGGAGAUACAGAUCCAAAGAGCCUAAAUGAUAAACCUGAAUCAGAAGCCGGAAUCAGCACCAGAAGUACAAGAUCUAGAAGAAAAAAUAAUGAUGUUAAAACAGCUGAAAAGAAGUCUACAUCCCCAGAUAAUAAGAAGGCAACAGUUGACAACGGUAGGAAAGGCAGACCUAUUCGUAAGAAGGAACCACCCAAAGAGUCUACUUCUCCUGAAGUUGAAAUUCGUAGGAGUCGAAGAAAUGUAAAAGCUAAGGAAAAUACAUCAGAUAGUCAAGACCGUCAAAAAAUUCAAGGCACGAAAUCCAUCUUGAAAAAGAGUAUUCAUGAACAGAGUACUGUCUAUAAUAUUUCCUCAUCGAGUGGUGAAUCAAAUAAGAAUUUAAAAAGGUCUUUGGCUGAUGACAGUGAGGAACCCAGCCCUAAACGAACCAGGGCUUUUGUGAACAAUGUUAAUAGCAGUACAAAUAAUGUGUCGUUGAGAGCCACUCCGGCGAGGACUAUGAAGACACAGCAUGUACUGCUUACAGCAUUUCCCAGUGAAGAGGUUAAACAGAAAUUAGAAAAGCUAGGAGCAGUGGUGGUAACAAAUGUGAUGGAGUGUAGUGUCGUACUAACAAUACAGGUGAAGCGAACGUUCAAGCUGUUGUGUGCUGUAGGGCUGGGGCGGCCCAUCGUGGGGCCCGACUGGGUGCAAGCUUGCGUCGAUACACGUAUGAUUGUCGAUCCCUGGUUAUACUUAGUUAAAGACGAUGCUGCAGAGAAGAGAUUUCAGUUCAAUUUAGAAAGAACUCUUAGUGGCAAGAGGAACUUUCUAAAUGGCUAUAAUGUAUCUUCAACACCAAGCGUUCAACCCAACGCAUCAGAGAUGAAAUUGAUAGUGGAAUGUUCGGGAGGUGUUUGGAAAGAAGGAGGUCCGAACUGGGUCUGCGUAUCGUCCACUAAGGAUCAAGCACUCUGGCCAAGUCUAAGAAAGCGAGGGGCGACUAUUGUGACUACAGAAUUUAUUUUAGGAGGUGUACUCAGGCAGAAGAUAGAUAUCAAUCCAAAUAAAUUCCCUUAG